AUGGCGAAUCCUGCCUCAGCUGCAGUUCUCCAGCAGCGCGUGGAGGAGCAGAUCCUCCGCGCGCUGGAGGAGAAGGAGGCGCACCUCGACGCGGCGCUCGAGGCUGCGAACGCCGAGCAGGCACAGAAGUACGCAGACCUCAACGACGACGAUCUCGAGGAGCUCCGCGAACGCCGGAAGCGCCAGCUGCAACAACAGCAGCUGCGUCGCGAGAAGAUGCGGGAGAAGGGCCACGGCGGCCUCCAGGAGCUCCACGACGAAAAGGCCUUCUUCCAAGCCGCCCGCGAGUCCAAGAAACUGGUGGCUCACUUUUUUCGGCCCUCGAACCGCAUGUGUGAGAUCGUUGACGCGCGCUUGGCUCAGAUGGCGCAUCGCCACAUGGACGUCCGGUGCAUCAAAAUCAACGCCGAGAAGUCCCCCUUCCUCGCGGAACGUCUGAAGAUCUGGUGUCUGCCAACGCUGGUGCUGGUGAUAGAUGGCAAGACUGAGCAUUCCAUCGUCGGACUUGACGAACUCGGAGGCGAAAAAUUCACGCUCGAUGACCUCGAAGACGCUCUCCGCCGGUGGAAUGUUCUGCCCGAGGAGAAGUAG